CGGCCAUGUGAGGCCGUCCCAGGUGCCGUGUCCCUGCCCUCGCUGCAGAGGGCCGGGGACAUCACCUUAGGGGGUCUCUUCUCGCUUCACGACAUGGUGGAGCAGCCCAACCCGUCUUACACCUCCGUGCCCCCGCCGACACGCUGCACCAGGUUUAACUUCAGGACGUUUCGCUGGAUGCAGACCAUGCUUUUUGCCAUUGAGGAGAUUAACAGAGAGGGGACGCUCCUCCCCAACAUCACGCUGGGCUACAAGAUUUACGACUCGUGCAGCGCACCUUUUCAGGCCCUGAAGGCUGCCAUGGAGCUUAUGGGGGCUGAGGAGGGUUUGGAGAAGGAGGGGGAGAGGAAAGUGGAGGACGUCUGCAGGGGGAGUGUGCCGGUGGUGAUAGGGGACGGAGGCUCCACUCAGUCUUUGGCGGUGGCUCGUUUCCUUGGAGUGUUUGAUGUGCCGCAGGUUAGUUAUUUCUCCAGCUGUGCCUGUCUCAGUAACAAGAAAGAGUUUCCUGCUUUCCUGAGGACCAUGCCCAGUGACUUCUUUCAGGUGCAUGCUCUGGUACAGCUAGUGAAGCAUUAUGAAUGGACCUGGGUGGGUCUGAUUGCAGGAGAUGAUGCGUACGGUCGUGGUGGGGCAACUAUCUUUGCUAAUGAGAUCCCCAGGUUUGGUGCCUGUGUUGCGCUUCAUGAGAUCAUCCCGAAGAACCACGCCGGGGCAGACAUGGCUGCAGUUGUUUCCAGGAUACACUCGUCUGGGGCUCGGGUGGUGCUGGUGUUUGCUGUGGAGCAAGAUUCUGUAGCUCUGUUUGAUGAAGCACUGAGGCAGGGGUUGACGGGGAUACAGUGGCUGGCCAGCGAGGCUUGGAGCACAGCCUCCGUCCUGUCUACUCCUACCAGGUACCACCACAUCCUCCAGGGUACGGUGGGUUUCGCCAUCCGCCGGGCGCAGAUCCCCGGGCUGCAAGACUUCCUGCUUCGCCUGCACCCUUUAAACCAAGAUUCCCUUAAAGACCCCUUCCUCGUCCCCUUCUGGGAGGAGGUGUUUGGUUGCAGCCUAAUUCGGGGUGCUGGGGGUCAGGAAGGUAGUGCAGAGAGGAAACCGUCGUGUUCUGGAUCGGAGGAGCUGGCGAGUAUGAGGAACAUCUACUUAGAUGUGUCACAACUGAGAAUUUCCUACAACGUCUACAAGGCUGUGUAUGCCGUUGCCCAUGCACUGAAGGCUAUGAGGAGCUGUGAGACAGGGAACGAGCCUUUCCCACUGCAGGCCUGCCCAGAUGUUGACAACAUACAGCCACGGCAGCUGCUUGGUUACCUGAGACAGGUGGAAUACACCAACUCCUUCGGUGAUGAAACCAAAUUUGAUGAGAACGGCGACCCUGUGGCCGUGUACGACCUGGUGAACUGGAAACUAGGGACAAAUGGAGAAAUGGAGGUCGUCACUAUCGGCAAGUUUGAUGAGACCGAAUCUGGGCUGGAGAAAAAACUGCAGAUCUGGGAAAGCGGCAUCGUAUGGAAUGGCAACCGCACAACAGUCCCGUUGUCUGUAUGCAGCAGUAUCUGUCCCCCGGGCACCAGGAAGGCCAUCAAACCCAACGUUCCUAUGUGCUGCCAUGACUGUGUGGCUUGCACAGACGGGGAGAUCAGCAGUCAGACAGAUGCCAUAGAGUGUGCACGCUGCUUGCCAGAGUUCUGGUCCAAUCCCGAGAGGACGGCCUGCAUCCCCAAAAACGUGGAGUUCCUCUCCUUCAGCGACACCAUGGGAAUCACCCUGAUGGCUGUUGCCCUCCUUGGCUCCUUCUGCACCUCCACGGUGGCCUUCAUCUUCUCUUAUCACAGAUCCACCCCCAUCGUCAGGACCAAUAACUCUGAGCUGAGCUUCCUGCUGCUCUUCUCUUUGACUCUGUGCUUCCUUUGCUCCCUGACCUUCAUCGGCCGGCCCUCCGAGUGGUCCUGCAUGCUGAGGCACACGGCGUUCGGCAUCACCUUCGUCCUCUGUAUCUCCUGUGUGCUGGGGAAGACCAUAGUGGUGUUGAUGGCCUUCAGGGCCACACUCCCGGGUAGUGAUGUCAUGAAAUGGUUCGGACCUGCACAGCAAAGGGCAAUUAUUACCCUUUGCACACUAGUCCAGGUCAUAAUCUGUGCAGUCUGGCUGGCCGUGGCACCACCCACCCCACGCAAGCUGAUGCCGCGCGAGAGCCCCGUCGUCAUUUUGCUGUGUGACGAAGGCUCGGCCCUGGCCUUCUCCCUGGUCCUGGGUUACGUCAGCCUGCUGGCCUGCAUCUGCCUCCUUUUGGCCUUCUUAGCCCGCAAACUUCCCGACAACUUCAACGAGGCCAAGCUCAUCACCUUCAGCAUGUUCAUCUUCUGUGCCGUGUGGGCGGCCUUCGUCCCCGCCUUCAUCACCUCCCCGGGAAAGUACUCGACAGUCACGGAGGUGUUUGCCAUCUUGGCCUCCAGUUAUGGGCUGUUGGCGUGCAUCUUUGCCCCCAAGUGUUAUAUCAUCCUGCUGAGGCCUGAGAAAAACACAAGGAAGCAUCUGAUUUCCAAGCCCGUCGGGGGAAUGUUCUAG